AUGGCGGGAGACGAUAUCUGGCAGGAUGACAUCUUCACAUCCGUGGCUCGUGACCGAUCCAACCCUACCUCCCGCUCUUCUUCGACCGUAUCCCCCGCCGACCAGGCGACCCCUUUCUUCCAGUCCGUCGGCGACGUCAGUCUCAGCGACGCUCACCUCGCCGCGGCCGGAGACGAGGGCGAGCCCAAAUUCACCGGCUGGGUCGGGUUCUGGUCGGAUCCUCUCUUUGAGAAUGUCGCCGGUCGGCGCGAACGCGCCGCAGGGCAGCAGGAUCGUGAAUUUUGGAAAUCCGAGUUGGACGAGGCGAUCCCGCUGUCGAGCCUCUUUCCUUCCCUCGACUCUGAUGCGUGGAGCGAGCUGCGUUUCCGCAAGUCGGCCAUUGAGUUCUGGUCACGGCCAAUUGGGACGGAGCCUGCCGGGCUCUACCUGCGCACCGAGAUUGAACUCAAUGGAGCGCUCGACGGCGUGUUCCAGGUCUUCCGGACGGUUCUUGGGGAGGCGGUGCAGCCCGUCCUGCGGCUGUCGGCCUAUCUCGGGCUGACCAUGGAGCAGGACCAGACCAUGGCUAUCGACGGGGUCUCUCUGUCCGGCAGCUUGAUCGGAUUGCGGACGCCCAUGCCCCCGGUAUUGGAGCUGGUCACUAUUCUGUCGGUCGGCUUGCGCCUUAACGUGGGCAGCACGGCUAAUCUGGUCGGAGAGAGUAGCGCGGUGCAGGCCGGCGUCUUUGGCGAUCUGCAGAUCCAGUUACCGGGCCUGACGGGGUCGUUGCAAUUAGAGUAUGAAGCGGACCUCUCUGACGAAUGGCUGGAGCUCAGCAUGACCAUCCCGGGCAACAAGAAAUGGGAGAACGCGCUGGGAGCGGACUCGUUUCAUCUGGACGAGGUCCGAUUUCUCGCCAAAAUCCCGCUUGACACACCUGCCUCCGCAGACACAACCACCUCCCGGGAUAUCAGCUCCGAUGCUGUCGCUCUCCCCAAUCUACAGCCACUGCUUUCCGUUGCCGCGACGGCCAGAUGGAAAGGCUCCAACGGGGCUGACAUUAGCCUGACAGGACUGAUCGUCAAAGGACGACCUGAUCUCUCGUUCCUGGAAGGACACAUGGAAAAGGUCACCUGGUCCGACAUCAAGCGUCUCUUCAGCGAUGUGCACGGCCGGGAUCUCGACGACACCGAGCAUGAGAUUACCUGCGAGAAUCUCACGGUCCGCAUCUCGCAGGCCCAAUUCCUGCUUCAAGGAUCCUUGACGAUCAACGGUCGACCGCUGGCCAAGGCGACGAUCGCGAUCACGCGGGCGGGCAUUGCCGUCACGGCCGAGGUGGACAAGUGGGAGGUCGGCGACGGCCUCGUGGUCAUCGAGCAUGCCGCGCUGACCUUGCUGGUGGGCAGUCGCGGCGACAAUGACAGCAAUGCUCCGCGUCAACCGGAGGAUGAGCCGCCCACUAAGAAACGACGGACCGCCAGCAGCCCGGAGAAAGAAAAGAAGGGAUGGAGUGGGUCCUUGGAGGUGACUGGCCGCGUGCUCAUCCACACCGAUGGACAGCAGGGCAAGAGCGGGCAGGCCCCCGUGGAGGUGGAUGUCACGCUGGCCAUGGGCAAACAGAACGAGGAGUGGUUCUGGGUGGUGUGCGGCCACCUGAAGGCUGAUCUCUCCUUGAGUCGGUUUGUGUCGGCCAUCGACGAGAACUCGGACAUCGAUUUGCGUCUCAAGGAGAUUUCGUUGAUUGCUUCGAGCACGAAUAGUCCGACCUGGUUCUUUCUUUGUGCCAGGUUAGAGCAAGUGCCGCUGCUGCAGAUGGGCAAUAUGGUGAAGCAGCCCGCGGCCGGGGAUCAAUCGUAUCUCAGCCUGGGCUGGGCCAAGGGGUCUAGCAUUCCCUCCGUAUCCAUCUAUUUACCUGAGUCAUUGAAGAUCGAGCUGGGCCCUCGAUUCCGAUCCCGCCGCUUCCAGCUUUCCCUGGGCAGCUCCGCGACCGGCGGGGUGGCGUUCGCAUUCCGAGGGAUUUUUGACGUCAAGGUGGGCGACGAGCACAGCUGGUAUAAGUUUGACCUGAAGAUGGCCGUGGAUCCGGUCGGCGCGGAUGGUGAACUCUUUUUCGACGGCAACAUCAACAAUCCAUUCGGCCUGAGCAAGCGAUUGACGAUUGGACCACGACUGGGCAUUGGACUGAAGUUCAACUGGGCCCAACUGGCCGCCUCGGGUCUGCCAAUCGGAGCCGGCAUCAAGGGAAGCCUCUACCUCGACAACAAAGCUGACAAACCCUAUGACCUAGUGCUUUACAUCUGCGAGGAUCCGCGGGACAUGAUCAUCGAGGCCAAAGCCCCGUCGAUGGACUACACUGAGAUCAUCCAGUUCGUGGCCGCGGCGAUGGACACGCAGAUCCGGACAACCGACGUGACGCUCUUCCGCUUCCAGGACGUGCUCAUCUACGCCAGCAUGGGGGCCACCUUUGGCGGAGAACACUACCCGGCCGGCUUCCGUCUCAAAGGCGGGCUGACCAUCUGCGACCACGAGGCCGCCAUGGACGGGUCCCUGACCACGGAGGGUCUGCGGCUCAAGGCGUGGCUGCAGACCUUCCGACUGGGGCCGCUCAGCGUCGGCGGAGACGUGGUCUUGCCGGGCACGCCGGGGACCUUCGCGUUGCUGGACCUGGAGCUGACCCGCGAGCGGCAGGCGUUUGUGCUGAACGGAUUCGUGGAGCUCUUCGACCUGCGGGCCGCGGUGGACGUGCAUAUCCAGCUGCUGCCCGCUCCGAUAUUCUACUUCAAUUUCGAGAUGCAGUGGAGCACGUUGCUGGCCAUCAAGGCCAAGGCCGAAAUGGUCGGCGGCGCCCAUUUCAUGCGCAACCCCCGCGAGGCCAGCUGGCAGGUGAGUGCCGAUGUCGAACAGACGAUUGUCCAGGAGAUGGCCCGCAGUCUGGAGCGAGCGCUCAAAGCCGUGCAUGAGAAGGUCGAGGCGAAGAUCAACGGUGCCAAGCAGGCGGUUGCGGACGCGGAGCGCGUCUACAAGGAGAAGAUUGCCGGAGCGCAAGCAGAAUUGGAGAAGGCGCGGGCCCAGUACCAGGCUGAGAAUGACCGACUAGAUCAGGAACUUGAUCGUCUCGAGCGGGAAACGCAGGCCCAGUCCGCCGUCCAUCGCGACGCUGUCCUCGAGAAGAAAAAGGAGGAGUCUUCCGCCAUGGCGGAGGCCGAGACCGUCCGCGACCACACAAUCCACGAGGCUAAUGCAGAAGUCCAAGAGAAGGAACGGGCCUUGAACAACGAGGAAUCUCGAGGAACAAGGCAGCACAACGACGCCAUCUCCGACCGUGAACGGAGGAGACAACAAUUCAUGGCCAAGUUCGGAGAUGCCGAGGCCGCCGUGCAACGCGCGCGGGACAACGUGGCCAACGCCAAACGGUCGGUCGAAAGCCUCCGAGGUCAACUUGACAGCCUGGAAAACAGACUCAGCGGCCUGCGAUGGUUCCAAAAGGCUCUCGCCUUGGACACACACCUACAGAUUGCCGCGCUCGGGAUCCAGUAUGGCGCGGCCAAGGUAGGUCUCGGGGUGGCGGACGGAGCGCUCGAGCUGGCGCAGAAGAUCAUGCAAUCUCAACUGUUCCACGACCUGACCCAGGCCAUGAACCAUGCCUGCGAAGCGGUCGAAACGAUCAAGCGGCAAGUGGACAACGCCAUCAACGCCGCGCGGGACCACCUCCACAACGCGCAGAAACUGCUGGACGUGGCCAAAUCCGCCGCGCAGGGCAAGUUCGACGAGGCCCGGCGCCAGGCGCGCGAGAUGGUCGACACCGCGCAGAAGAUCCACGACGAGUACGUGCAGAAGCAGGAAGUGGAGUCGAAGAAACUCCGCAUUCAGCUGCAGCAGCUGAAGAACAGUAGCCUGAGCGCGGGGGUGUCGUUGGCCGAGGGGGUGCUGGAGGCGGCGAAGAACAACAACGCGGCCUUCCUCGCGGCGCAGGCUGGGCUCGAUGCCGUCAAGGUCGUCGAGGGCGCCAUCUACGACACCCUGCGCACGAUGAUCGAGGCGGCAGCGACCCUGUGCGAUAUCCGCGUCGUCAAGCUCCGGGGCACCAUCACUGCCAGACCGGAGGAGCAGUCCGCCUUCCAGAUCUACUUGGAGGGAACGCUGGUCGGCCAAGAUUUCGAGUUCGAUCUCGUAUAUUACCCGGGCAAGACAAUCGAGUUCUUGGAAGGGCUGGCCAAGGAGGCGAUGGGGCACCUGAAGCUGACUUAG